UGGACGGAACCGACCGAAUACAGUCUGGAGGGAGACAAGAGUGAGAGCAGGAGCGCCCGGUCGUUCGAGAGUGCAGCAAUGGAGAGGGGUGGUGUUUGCGAUAUUUAGAAAAAAAAAAUAGAAAUACCACAGGUCGCCUCUCUGACGCCUGUUUGUGUUCUGCGACAGGAUGUGCAGCAGCAUCUCCAUUGGAUCUUUAACAACCCUGAUGCGGGAUAUGCGCUGAAAACCGCCUGUGGAUGCAGAGAAAAAGUACUGGAUUCUUCAUUUGAAGCGGAGGAAAACGCGGGGAAAACGAAAAGAUCACCAAUUGUCCUUAUUUCUCCUUUUUUUUCUGGGGGUGUUUGUCCAUCAGCUCCGUGGAGGAGAAAGGAACCGUCAAGAAGUUUUUUGCGCGGUGUUAAUAUUUUACCUGAGGCUGAAGUAGACACACGCCUCACGGUUCCUUAUAUAUUUUUUUGGUUUCUAACGGGGGGGAUGGCUCUGAAGUGUUGCUGAGGCCCCGGGAGAAGCUUGGACAUCGGAGACAGGGGGGCCUGGGCGCACCGCGUCCGUAGAGUCGGACCCCGCGCAGCAGAAGCGCACCACCUGGAAACUACACGGUCCGCCAGACGCACAAGACCCUCUGCUGUCUUCUCCCGACUCGCUCCUCUUUUUCUUUAUCUCUUCCCUCCUCGUCUCUCCUUCUUUCCAACCGGGUAGAUCUGUAUAUAUUUUGUUUGUCUUCAGGCUGGUGUGGACUUUACAGCCACGACAAAAACUGAUCAUGCGAUGACUGAGCGCGCUUUGGGCACAUCUACCGAGUCCAUUACAGGGGGUGAAUGAUGGCCGAGGAUGGGGGAAAUCUCUCCGGGGUCCCCGACGCCAGGGGCUCUGAGGGUCGGUCCUCCCUGCCGAGGACUUUCAUCCGGCUCAACGACCUGUCCGGGGUCGGGAUAGGUGGCGGGGAGCGCAGCGAGGUGGUGGUGGAGCCGGCGUCCCCGGCGCCCGACGGGAUCUCUACGACCGGGGAGGAAGCGUCUGCGUGCGGCGGGGAGAACCUGCCCUACCCCACCCUGGCCCCCGUGGUCUUCUUCUACCUGAAACAAACCACCCGGCCUCGGAGCUGGUGUCUCAAGAUGGUCUGCAACCCGUGGUUCGAGCGAGCGUCCAUGUUGGUGAUCCUGCUGAACUGUGUGACACUGGGCAUGUUUCAUCCCUGUGAGGACAUGCACUGCGACUCUGAGAGGUGCAAGAUCCUGGAGGACUUUGAUGACUUCAUCUUUGCCUUCUUUGCCAUCGAGAUGGUGAUCAAGAUGGUGGCUCUUGGGAUUUUUGGCAAGAAGUGUUACCUUGGAGACACAUGGAACCGCUUGGACUUCUUCAUAGUGGUGGCUGGGAUGUUGGAGUACUCCCUCAACCUGCAGAGUGUCAGCUUUUCAGCAGUGAGGACGGUUCGUGUGCUGAGACCUCUGAGAGCCAUCAACCGAGUGCCAAGUAUGCGUAUUCUGGUGACCCUGCUGCUGGACACCCUGCCCAUGCUGGGCAACGUGCUGCUGCUCUGCUUCUUCGUCUUCUUCAUAUUCGGCAUCGUCGGCGUCCAGCUGUGGGUCGGUCGGCUCAGAAACCGCUGCUUUGUGGAGGACACCUUCCCCUUCCCACUUGCUUACAAAUACUACCACACUGAGAAUGACGACGAGAACCCCUUCAUCUGCUCCCAGCCCAAAGAUAGCGGCAUGAGGGACUGCAACUCUGUGCCCAAGCUUUAUGAGGAAGGAGGCCUCCAGUGUAACCUGGACAUGUACUCUAACAUCACUGACAACACCACCUGCAUCAACUGGAACCAGUACUACACCAACUGCUCUGAUGGCAUGGUCAACCCCUUCAAGGGAGCCAUCAACUUCGACAACAUCUUCUAUGCCUGGAUUGCCAUCUUUCAGGUGAUCACGCUGGAGGGCUGGGUUGACAUCAUGUACUUCGUGAUGGAUGCGCACUCCUUCUACAACUUCAUCUACUUCAUCCUACUCAUCAUUAUUGGCUCAUUCUUCAUGAUCAACCUGUGCCUGGUGGUCAUUGCCACCCAAUUCUCAGAGACCAAGCAACGGGAGAGUCAGCUGAUGAAGGAGCAGCGGGUGCGCUUCAUGUCCAAUGCCAGCACUCUCGCCUCCCUCUCUGAGCCGGGCUCCUGCUACAAUGAGCUGCUCAAGUACCUGGUUCACAUCGUCCGCAAGGGGGCCAAACAAGUGGCCCACGUCUGCAGGUUCUUGGCUCGACGUGCUGGGCUCAACAUUGCCGCAACGCCACCGCCCGUGGAGCCCCAACGCAGCCAGAGACGGAGGAGGAAGUCCUCUAGGCAGGGAUCUGUGUCGAUUCACCACAUGAUGCACCAUCAUCACCACCACCACCACCACCACUACCACCUGGGGAAUGGCAGUUUAAGGGGAGGUGGGAGCAUCAGGUGUCUGGAUGUUGAGGCUGGUGCUCAUAACAACAAUGGAGGGGCUCUUGUAACAAGCACGGACACACAGCUUACUCUUGCCCUGCCGCUUUCACUUACAGCAGCCAGCUCUGAUACAAACCUAGCAAUUGUGUCCAGUCCAGCUGUGGGAGGUGCUGAUUCCACUUCCCUUCACAGUGUAUUCCAUACAGAAACUCUUCGCUGUACCCCCUCGCCCACAAACCUGGGGUCGACCCUGGGGCCCUUCUCCCCUGCCCUGGCUCCCAUGAACAGGGCCAUGAAGAGGAACUCUGUACCCUUUGCAGCCCCAGGACCUAAGAACUACCCCACUCUGCAGGCUCGAGCCCUGGCAGAGUCCAGACGAGGGAGUGUUGCUGCCAGCACCCUGACAAACUUCGGCUUCAACCUGAAUAUCCCACCCAUGCACCCGGAAAGACGGCCAUCAAGUCUGGUGGACACACACACUCCCGCAGCCCAGCUCUCGAGCCAGCUGUCGGCUCGUGACCUCAGCGCUACCAGCAGCGCCAUGGACACAGCGGCAUUGACAUUGGACCUUGAGAGUUGCCCCUACUGCGCAGAAGGGGGCGCCGAUGGCAACGAGACCCCCGGAGACUCUGACAGCGAUGGCGUGUAUGAGUUCACACAGGACCUCCACCACAGGGACAGGAGAGACAGCCGGCAACCCAAAAAGAAGCGCCUCAGGCUGGGCAAAACGGCGGCCAACAUCGUUCGCUUCUGGAGGCUGGUGUGUGACACGUUCAGGAAAAUCGUGGACAGCAAGUACUUUGGACGAGGGAUUAUGAUCGCCAUUCUGAUCAAUACUCUGAGCAUGGGGAUCGAGUACCACGAGCAGCCUGAUGAGCUGACCAAUGCGUUGGAGAUCAGUAACAUCGUGUUCACCAGCCUGUUCUCUCUGGAGAUGCUGCUAAAGGUGUUGGUCUACGGGCCCUUCGGCUACAUCAAGAACCCCUACAACAUCUUCGAUGGCAUCAUCGUGGUCAUCAGCGUGUGGGAGAUCGUGGGUCAGCAGGGUGGCGGCCUGUCAGUGCUGAGAACCUUCCGGCUGAUGCGGGUGCUGAAGCUGGUCCGCUUCAUGCCGGCCCUGCAGAGGCAGCUGGUGGUGCUGAUGAAGACUAUGGACAAUGUGGCCACCUUCUGCAUGCUGCUCAUGCUCUUCAUCUUCAUCUUCAGUAUCCUGGGGAUGCAUCUGUUUGGUUGCAAGUUUGGGUCUGAGCGGGAUGGAGACACUCUGCCAGACAGGAAGAACUUUGACUCUCUUCUCUGGGCCAUAGUGACUGUCUUCCAGAUCCUAACACAGGAAGACUGGAACAAGGUUUUAUAUAAUGGCAUGGCCUCCACCACUCCUGUGGCGGCCCUCUACUUCAUCGCGCUCAUGACCUUUGGCAACUACGUCCUCUUCAACUUGCUGGUGGCCAUCUUGGUUGAGGGUUUCCAAACAGAGGAAGUGUCCAAGCGGGAGGAUUUGCAUGCCCAGCUGAGCCUUAUUCAGCUGCCUGUAGACUCAGGGGGUGACGCUUCUAAAUCAGGUUCGGAGAUUGAUUCCUGUGCACGAAGUAUGGAGGAUGUUAACGGCAGCAAGAAGGAUUUGUCAGCCUCUGCAGUAGUGCCUGUAAACGGUCAUGUGGACCUGAAGAGCAACUUGACCCCGCCACUAAUCACCCACACGGCCGCGACCCCCAUGCCCGUACCCAAGUUGCCCGUCGGUGCAGACCCCAUCCUGGGCUACGAGUCCCGUCGGGGCAGCAGCGUCUCCAUGGACCCGGCCUGCUAUGACAAAUCACCGACCAGUGCCCGGAGCUCUUCUCCCCAUGCCCCAUGGAGCUCUGGGAGUGGCUGGACCAGCAGACGGUCAAGCUGGAAUAGCGUGAGUCGUGCGCCUUCACUCAAACGUCAGAAGCGGCAGUCUGGGGAACGACGGUCACUCCUGUCCGGGGAGGGCGGCUCCAGCUCGGACGAGGGGGAAGGCGGAGGAGAAGGAGGAGGCGGGUUGAUGGAGGAUGAUGAAGCCUCUCUGGCCAGGACGGAUUCCAUGUCGCAGUCGCAGAGAGGGCCCCGGCACCGCAGGAUGGAGUCUGUGGAGACUCGGAGCUCCAUGGAUCUGCCCCCUGAUACUCUGCUGCAGGUACCAUCCCUGUACCGCUCAGCCAGUAUGCACAGCUCCCGACCCCCCUCGCUGGGCCACUUACGGACCCAGGAGCACAGCGACUGCAACGGGAAGGGCUCUCCGUCAACCCUGGGCCCCACGCAAGUUUCUCUGGAGGACAACACCGAAGACGAAAACGCAGAGGAGGAAGUCGUCCUGGGUCGUUUUGCCAGACUGUAUCACUGGUUCGAGAAGAAGCAGCCAGAGUGGUGUCGACAGAGAGACUCCUGGUCGCUCUACCUCUUCCCUCCAGAGUCAAGGUUACGGAUCAUGUGCAAUAAGAUCAUCAACCACAAGAUGUUCGACCAUAUCGUGCUGGUCAUCAUCUUCCUCAACUGCAUCACCAUCGCCAUGGAGAGGCCUCACAUCAAACCCUCCAGUGCCGAGCGGAUCUUCCUAACAUUGUCAAACUACAUCUUCACGGCAAUCUUUGUGGCUGAGAUGACCAUAAAGAUCGUAGCUCUGGGCUGGUGUUUGGGGGAAAAGGCCUACCUGAGGAGCAGCUGGAACAUUCUGGACGGGAUGUUGGUGAUGAUUUCUGUCAUCGACAUCCUGGUGUCCCUCAUCUCCAAUUCGGGAACCAAGAUCCUGGGCAUGCUCAGGGUCCUGAGGCUGCUGAGGACCCUGAGGCCGCUACGUGUGAUCAGCAGAGCCCCGGGGCUGAAGCUGGUGGUGGAGACCCUGAUGUCGUCGCUGAAGCCCAUCGGCAACAUUGUGGUCAUCUGCUGCGCCUUCUUCAUUAUCUUCGGCAUCUUGGGAGUACAGCUUUUCAAGGGAAAGUUCUUUGUUUGUCAAGGAGAAGAUGUAAGAAACAUUACCAACAAGUCGGACUGUAUGCAGGCCAACUACAAGUGGGUCAGACACAAGUACAACUUUGACAACCUGGGGCAGGCUUUAAUGUCUCUGUUCGUGCUGGCGUCAAAAGACGGCUGGGUCGAUAUCAUGUAUGAUGGACUAGACGCUGUAGGAGUUGACCAACAGCCGCAAAUGAACCACAACCCGUGGAUGCUGCUCUAUUUCAUCUCCUUUCUACUGAUCGUGGCCUUCUUCGUGCUCAACAUGUUCGUGGGGGUGGUGGUGGAAAACUUCCACAAGUGCCGGCGCCACCAGGAGGCCGAGGAGGCCAAGCGCAGGGAGGAGAAGAGACUGAAACGCAUGGAGAAAAAGAGACGGAGUAAGGAGAAGGAGCUGGCUGAAGCUCAGAGUAAGCCUUACUACUCGGAUUACUCCCCCACCCGCCUGCUCAUCCACAAGAUGUGCACCAGCCACUACCUUGACCUGUUCAUCACCAUAGUCAUAGGGCUCAACGUCAUCGCCAUGUCCAUGGAGCACUACCAGCAGCCCGAGGAGUUGACUGAGGCAUUGAAGAUCUGUAACUACAUCUUCACCCUCAUCUUUGUUCUGGAGUCCGUCUUCAAGCUGGUGGCCUUCGGCUUCCGGCGCUUCUUCAAGGACAAGUGGAACCAGCUGGAUCUGGUCAUCGUGCUGCUGUCCAUCAUGGGCAUCACCCUGGAGAAGAUUGAGGAGGCUUCUCUACCGAUCAACCCCACCAUCAUCCGCAUCAUGAGAGUGCUGAGGAUCGCACGAGUACUGAAGCUCUUGAAGAUGGCGGUUGGGAUGAGAGCUUUGCUGGACACCGUUAUGCAAGCCCUGCCUCAGGUGGGGAAUCUGGGUCUUCUCUUCAUGCUCCUCUUCUUUAUCUUUGCAGCGCUGGGAGUGGAGCUGUUUGGUGACUUGAUUUGCGAUGAGCUCCACCCAUGUGAAGGUCUGGGGCGCUACGCUACUUUCAAAAACUUCGGGAUGGCAUUUCUGCUGCUCUUCAGAGUUUCCACUGGAGACAACUGGAAUGGCAUAAUGAAGGACACGUUAAGGGACUGCGCUCAUGACACCAGCACCACCUGCUACAACACUGUGGUCUCUCCCAUCUACUUCGUCUCCUUCGUUCUGACCGCUCAGUUCGUCCUGGUCAACGUUGUCAUCGCCGUUCUGAUGAAGCAUCUGGAGGAGAGCAACAAGGAAGCCAAGGAGGAGGCGGAGCUGGAGGCGGAGUUGGAGCUGGAGAACAGGCUCCAAGCGGAAGAAAUGGCAACGAGGUCACCCCAGCUCAACCCGAUGACACCGGGCAUGGACAGGUCAAGUUCUGGGGGUUCCCCCUGGAGGUCUACCGGAGGAGGGGACAGGGAGCAGGAAAUGGAUGGUCCUGUGGACUCACCCACUGCUGAUAUAACCAGAGACACUGUAAACAUCAGAGCCGAGCCUGCUUCAUGCCUGGACACCCCGCUGGAGUUCAUCCAGCGGAGAGCGCAGCUUGACUCGGUCUCCCUGGUCAUCCAGGGUUCAAUGGAGGGGGAGCUGAGCUUGAUGGACAACCUGUCCGGCUCUAUCUGCCACUACUACGCGCUGCCCCCCAAGCCCCGCAAGCACAGCAGCGACAAGAAGAUCCCUCUAGCGGAGAUGGAAGCUCUGUCUCUGGCCUCUGAGAAAUCCUGGUCCCUAGCUCUGACAGACGACUCGGCCCCCGACGAUAUUAACCCCCUCUUUCUAACCAGUCUGGAAUGCAAUCCUGAGCAGCUUGAUCCUGGGGAGCCACUGGAGGGCAACCUACUGAGCGUACGGAAGCCUGUGGUGGGACGCACACACUCCCUGCCCAACGACAGCUACAUGUUCCUCCCCCCCUUUGGCCAGGCAGCUCCAGCACAGCUUCUAGCACAGACACAGGGGCCCCAGCACAUACUGGGCACCCACAGGGCCCAAUCAGGCUCCAGUGGCUCGGUGCGUUCACAACCGGAGGAGUUCUCGCAGCAGCUGACCGUUCCGACAGACCUCUUCAGACCCAUCAGCCCCCACAGCCACUCAGACUCAGAGAGUAUACCACGACUACCGCCUCCAAGACGCACACACACACUCAGCCGUACGCUCCGCAGACAGGUUGCAGUGUCUACUGACUCUCAGGAGGCUCUGUGUUCAGACGGAGGGGAGAGCAAUGAAGGACUUGUGAAUGUGGUGUCUCUGAGCCUCCCUCCAUCCCCUUCCACCUCCUCCCCCACCCAGUCCCCCUCACCCUGCUCCCAUCAUCAUCAGCAACCUGCUCUCUGCCUGGUCCCCCCCACACCAGGUGCUUCUCCCAAACCCUCGCGUCCCAGCAGCGUGCACACCCAGCUCCAUGACCAGCAAUUCCUCACCUCCUCCUCCUCCCCUACCUCUUCCUCCUCCUCCUCCUCCUCCUCCUCCUCCUCAUUGCCUCCUCCGCCCUUACCAGCCAGGCCGCACCCACAGGAGGAAGCCUCAGAGGAUCAGGAAGUAUCCCUCAUUAUCCACGCAGGGUUGACUUGCAGUGAUGACUUCAUGACAGAGGACAGUGGUGCUGGCAGUAACAGCCGCUACGCAGGACAACAGGAGAGCCAGAGUCCAUGUUUGAGGCAGCUGAAGAGAUUCCACAGUGCUGACACGCAAAGCCAGAGCAUCCUCCUGCCCCGCCCCCGUCCUUACUCCUGGCUAGAUGACCCACGACGCCACUCUGUAGAGGUAUGCUCCUCCGCGGAGUCCAGCCCCCAGCGCAGCACAGCCUCCACCUCCUCCGGCUUUGUGUCACGAGCCAACAGCUUACAGAUCCACAGCCAGACCCCUACUCAGAGCUUGCUACCCUCACCCAGACGCAAGAAGAAGAUGAGCCCACCCUGCAUCUCUGUGGACCCCCCUGACGGACUGGAGCCUCAGUCUGGCCUCUACCCAGGCCUGGGUGGACUUGGGGGCAUGGGGUUGGGCGGGUUAGGGAUGCCCCCUCCUUUGCCCAGUCGGGACACCUGUCUGAGGAGGAGGGCGCCCUCAAGUGACUCCAAGGACUCCUUUGACCUGGGAGUUGGAGAGGGUUCAGGACAGGAAGGAGGCUCGUCAAACCCCAACACCAACCCCAAGCUAUUGACUCUUCCCAGUUUCUCCUUUGAGAAGACAAGCUCUGAGCACUGAACACUGAAACUCCAACACACAGAUACACACAUGCACACAGCCGGACGAACCCUCCACACACACAAAUACACGAUGCACUCUGUGUAUCUGUGAUGGUGAUAGUUCUAGUAAUAAUGCUGUAGAGAGUAAUAAUGGUAAAACUACGACAAACAGUGAAAACAUCCUUGGUUUCAUAAGGAGUGCAGUACUGUAGUAGUGUGACCAUCCCUUGUCUUUGUAUUGUUACUGCCAAAACAACCAGAGAAGAAGAGAACAAUGGAACAACAACACAAACAUGACUGUUUCUCUUCUGCUAUGCCUGCAUGCCACUGGCUGCAGCAUGACCCCAUAACCUCUGGAGUGACAUCAGUACCUGGGAUUUGGCGGCCCCUGUGGUUGCUAUAUGAACUGCCUGGUGUCACACAGGGUGGGCUUUGCCCGGUCAGUGGAGGUACAAAGCAAUAUGAACGUUUUAGAGACACUAUUUUCUUAAAUUAUUGGGCCAUAGUGUUUGUACAGGAUGUUGUUUUUUAAUUUCAUUUUAAUUGUUAUUUUCAUGUCUUUUUGUGAUUUUCUUUUUUUUUUUUGUCAAAAUGGUUUGUCUUUGUCUCUUUUUUUCACUGUAGGAUAUUUCUAGCUUUCUUGGUUUACUGAGGAAAGUGAACGUUUUUCAAAGUGCUGAAAACCAUGUAUUUGUAGGAAUAAUAUAUAAAUAUAUAUAUAAAAAAAAACAAGUCAUUAAACUGAGCUUGGAUUUUUAAGCACACGCAUUAGACAAUGGUGGUUUGUUGGAUUGUCGGGGGACACAUAAGGGUGCAGUUUCAGUAUUUUAUUGAUUGGUUGAUUCUUGUGAGUGCCUACAGCCCUUAAAGUCCGUGGAGAAAAACAGUUUCUAAUUGAUUAAACUGUUGUUGUUGUUUUUUUUUUUACCAGAUAAUCCAGCGUUUAAUGAUUAGGGUUGUGUAUGUUUGUAGAAGAUUUAUAUCCCUCUGGACAACAGAUUGAUGACCAUUCCUCACAUUUGAUCUCUGAUAGAAGAACGGACUGUUACUGCAGAAACAUGACUCUUAGAUCACACAAACAGAAACAAAAUACUAAUUCUGACCACAUGAGACAGAACUGGCAUCUCAGGUGAGUAAAAUGUCUGGUUUUCAGUUUAAGAACGGCUCACCAUCAAUACAACAAAUGUGGCUACACAAUCUACAUUCUGAUCAUACAUAUGAGCAACAUAUAUCAACUGAGAUCAAAUCUUACUUGAUUAAUGAGUUAAAGCGUAGCUACAGAAGCACCUACUCGUUGGUAUGACAGAGAUACCGUACCACAAAGAGACAACAUAAACUGUAAGCCAUCGACCUGGGUUACUUUUUUUGUUUUCUACGACAGGUUGAAGUUGAAGACUCAGUUAUUAGCUCAAAGCAAUCUCAACUGCAAUCCUCCUGCUCAACAUGGCCCUAGUGAGUCUUACCUCAGUUAUAUUAAUAUGUUAAUCUUACAUAAAGCUCUUGCA